AUGUUCUUUGUUCUCUGCCUCAGCUGCCUAAAGUUCAAUCCCACCUCUUUCAAUCCACCCAUAGCCUUUCUCUUCUUCUGCAACAUCAUAAUGUCGCUCAAGCUGAAAGGGAAGAAAUCUACUAUUGACCUCAGAAACAUCGUUCAACGCGAUUUCUCGUAUCUUGCGCCUAAUCCCGAUGGCGCCAACCGCCCAUUAUGGAUUGAUCCCGAGAAAGGAUACAUCAUUCUUGAACGCUUUCACCCUCUGGCAGACUUAGCAACUGACUUUCUUGUGACGAUUGCGGAACCUCAAUCCAGACCUGCUUUUCUCCAUGAGUAUAAGAUCACGCCGCAUAGUCUCUAUGCUGCUGUUUCUGUUGGUUUGAACGGUGAAGACAUCAUCAGCACUCUUGACAAGUUUCUUAAAACAGAGCUUCCGCAGAGCAUCAAAGAGUUUAUCAGAUCAUGCACCAAGAGCUAUGGAAAAGUGAAGCUGGUUUUGAAGAGCAACAAAUAUUUUGUCGAAAGCAGCGACGCAGAUGUCCUUCAGACUUUGCUCAAAGACAGCAUCAUCGGGCCCCUUCGAUUUAAUGGCUCUGAUGAGAUUACUACGACACGUGCUCCGGCGCUGGGUAGCUUGGUCAUCCCAGGAACAAAGAACGCCGCGGGCGCUCAGCAAGCCGACGUCCCGCAAACCACGAACAAAGACACUUCAGAAUCGGAUCAUAUUGACGCCGUUCUGGAUGAUGAGGACAACGAUGACGAGAAAGAAGUAUUGCAUGCCUUUGAGAUCCCCGACAGCGCCGUUGAAAGCGUCCAAAAGCGCUGCUUGGACCUGUCCUACCCCAUCCUUGAAGAGUACGACUUUCGCUGUGACAGCAUCAAUCCCGACUUGGACAUCGAUCUGCGCCCAAACACCCAGAUUCGACCGUACCAAGAAAAGAGUCUAAGUAAAAUGUUCGGGAACGGUCGCGCCAAGAGCGGCAUCAUCGUUCUCCCGUGCGGCGCAGGCAAAACCCUCGUCGGCAUCACAGCAGCUUGCACCAUCAGAAAAGGCGUCAUCGUUCUCUGUACAAGCUCAGUCUCCGCUGUUCAAUGGCGCAACGAGUUUCUGAAAUGGUCAAAUAUUAACCCUGAGGACAUCACUACUUUUACAUCAGACAGCAAGGAGAAGUUCUCUGGUAGUACUGGUGUUAUUGUCACGACGUAUUCGAUGGUUACGAAUAGUCGCGAGCGUGCGCAUGACUCAAAAAAGAUGAUGGAUUUCUUGGCGGGACGGGAAUGGGGAUUGAUGCUUCUUGAUGAGGUACAUGUCGUUCCGGCCAAUAUGUUUCGACGUGUUAUCUCCUCAAUUAAAACGCACUCUAAGCUUGGGCUUACAGCUACAUUGCUUCGUGAAGAUGACAAGAUCGACCAUCUCAACUUUCUCAUCGGGCCCAAAUUAUACGAGGCGAACUGGAUGGAACUGUCGCAGCAGGGGCACAUCGCCAAGGUGCAAUGCGCUGAGGUCUGGUGUUCUAUGCCGACUGUCUUUUACGAUCAAUACCUCCAGGUCUCGUCUCGCAUGAAGCGGACACUGGCCGCUAUCAAUCCCUCAAAAUUCCAAGCUUGCCAAUAUCUUAUCAACUAUCAUGAAGCGCGCGGGGACAAGAUCAUCGUCUUCUCAGACGAGCUCUACUCCUUGAAGAUGUACGCAUACAAGUUGAAGAGGUACCUCAUUUACGGGGAAACAAGUCAAGAGGAGCGACUCAGGGUUCUUGAUCAUUUCCGUCACAAUCCUGAAGUGAAUACGCUAUUCCUCUCCAAGAUCGGCGAUACGUCACUUGAUCUCCCCGAAGCAACGUGCCUCAUCCAGAUAUCCUCGCAGUUCGGGUCACGCCGUCAAGAAGCACAGCGCCUAGGUCGCAUCUUGCGAGCAAAACGGCGAAACGACGAGGGCUUCAAUGCUUUCUUUUACUCCCUCGUCUCCAAGGACACGUCCGAAAUGCACUUUGCCUCAAAACGACAGGCAUUCCUCAUUGAUCAAGGCUACGCAUUCAAGGUCAUCACCAAGCUAGACGGGAUCGAAAGAACACCUGAUCUCGCAUUUUCCACUCCGGCUGAACAACGUGAGUUGUUGCAGGGCACGCUGGUAGAUAACGAAACGGCGGUUGAUGAUGACUUUGCUGCGGAUGAUCUCUGGGGUGGGGAGAAGAGCCGUGCAAAAGGCAAGGGAAAGAAAACGGUGAGGCGCGUCGCGGGCUAUCUUGAUCAGCUCAGUGGUGUGCAGGAUAUGGCGUACAUUGAAAGGAAUGCUUCUGCCAACAAGGGGCUGAAGAGAACAAGGGGCGAAAAGAGCGAGUUCUUCAAGAAGAUUGAUAGAGAGAAUAAGCGACGUCAGAACAAGUGA